GAAUAAUUCGGUCUGAAUUUCUAUUGGCGGGCGAGGGCGCUAUCCUCCACAAAGAAGCCCGCCCACACUGCAAGUCAGCAACUGUGACGCUUUUGAAUUGGUAAGAAUGUCAGUUAUUGCUCUGUUCACGGCGGCUACCAAGCUCGCCGGUGUCUUAGUAACUAUCACCGUUGCGGCCAAUGCGUUUUCCUUCUCCGUCUACCGGAAAAAGAACCUCAAGCGUUUUCGCUCUCCCAUAGACGACUCCGCCGACGUUCUUGCUCACUUCAAUCUCAAUCCGUCUGAAGGGGAGAAAGGAUUCUUUUUUGGAUUGGCUACAGCACCUGCUCAUGUGGAAGACAGGCUUGAUGAUGCUUGGCUCCAAUUUGCCAAAAAUACAGAAUCACAUGAAAUCCAGCAGCCUCAAACAGCAGAUGCUAUUAUGGGCUCCGCUACAGGUGAUGGUGGAUCUCAGCAAGCACUGUUACCUCAGAGAGAAGCUACCAAGACCAUAAAGAGGAAAAAGUCCCUUAAGAUAGCAAUUGAGGCACAAAUAAGAGGAUUUGAGAAGUACAUAGAAGUGGAAGAGCUAACUCCAACUGAGCAAUGUCCUCAUAAUGUUGCUGCCUGGCAUAACGUCCCACACCCGGAGGAAAGGCUAAGGUUUUGGUCUGAUCCUGACAUUGAAUUGAAAUUAGCUAAAAAUACUGGAGUGCAAGUCUUUCGAAUGGGGGUAGAUUGGUCAAGGAUCAUGCCUGAAGAGCCACUCGGUGGACUGAAAGAAACUGUCAAUUUUGCGGCAUUGGAGCGAUAUAAAUGGAUCAUUAAUAGAGUCCGAUCAUAUGGGAUGAAGGUCAUGUUGACAUUGUUUCAUCACUCUCUACCACCGUGGGCAGGAGAAUACGGAGGAUGGAAACUGGAGAAGACAGUUGACUACUUCAUGGAAUUUACCAGGCUUAUUGUUGACUCUGUUGCAGAUAUAGUGGAUUAUUGGGUUACCUUUAACGAGCCUCAUGUCUUUUGUAUGCUCACUUACUGUGCUGGUGCCUGGCCUGGUGGUAAUCCUGAUAUGCUGGAGGUUGCUACUUCUGCUUUACCUACAGGUGUCUUCAAUCAGACCAUGAACUGGAUAGCAAUUGCGCAUACAAAGGCAUAUGAUUAUAUUCAUGAAAAGAGCAAACCAGCAAGUGCCAUUGUUGGAGUAGCUCACCAUGUCUCAUUUAUGCGUCCAUAUGGACUGUUUGACGUCGCUGCUGUUUCCGUUGCCAAUUCCAUGACCCUUUUUCCUUUUCUGGAUUGUAUAUCUGAUAAAAUGGAUUACAUUGGAAUCAAUUACUAUGGACAGGAAGUCAUUUGUGGUGCAGGAUUGAAACUAGUCGAGACAGAUGAGUACAGCGAAUCUGGGCGUGGUGUGUAUCCUGACGGCUUGUUCCGUGUGUUGCUGCAAUUUGAUGAAAGAUACAAACAUCUUAAUCUUCCCUUUAUAAUAACUGAAAAUGGUGUUUCUGAUGGAACGGACUUGAUUAGACAACCAUACUUGUUGGAACAUCUACUUGCAACUUAUGCUGCCAUGAUGAUGGGUGUUCGUGUACUUGGUUACUUGUUUUGGACGAUCUCUGAUAACUGGGAGUGGGCAGAUGGGUAUGGUCCCAAGUUUGGACUUGUAGCAGUUGAUCGUGCCAAUGAUCUCGCUCGGAUUCCUCGCCCUUCAUACAAUUUGUUUUCAAAGGUUGCGGAAUCCGGAAAAAUAACGCGGGAAGACAGGGAACAGGUGUGGGGUGAGCUCCAAACUGCUGCUAAAGAAGGAAAAAGGAGACCAUUCUAUCGAUCAGUGAAUAAAUAUGGCUUAAUGUAUGCAGGAGGACUUGAUGAGCCCAUAUGGAGACCUUAUAUAAAGAGAGAUUGGCGGUUUGGGCACUAUGAGAUGGAAGGUUUACAGGAUCCCUUGAGCCGUUUAGCACGAUAUCUUCUCCAUCCUCUCUCUUUUAAACAGAAGGCACAGACUCAGAGAGAGAGUGAUCAAUUGACUCUUGAGCCUCUCAGCGCAAACAUCUAGUUACAACUGUAUCAGAUUGUUUAAAGAAUUCUGCUUGAGAAUCCUAAACUGGACGCCAUUCUAAGUUGUAGGAAGCUAAGAUGGGAUUAAACAGUUGAAUAAAUUAAUCUCUAGGUGAGAUGUUUGACUUGGAAAUUGAGAAAUGCAAUUUAUAUUGGUGCAAUUUAUAUUUGCUUUGGAGGAUAGCAUUUGUAUGAUAGACUUUCUUCAAGUGUUAGUUUGAAGGAUUAGCUCUAGCAUUUUGUAGAUACUGAAGUGCGAUUGUACAAGUGAAGAACUAAUGUUAUACUUUGUUCUAUCAUUAUGGUGUGAAUGAAAAGGUAACAGUGUAAUAGGGCUUAAAUAGUAUUAGUAUUUA